AUGCGGUUUAACAGGCCCAAAAUCACAUAUUUUCGACUCAAUAGAUUUUGCGUGCCGGUUAUUGUUUUCGCACUCAUAAUUUAUGCCACUUGGGCAUAUUGUCACAAGUUUUGCUAUGAUCAGGUAUAUGUUGCAUUGAACCAUAAAUCGAUUGCCAUCGGAUUGAUAGUUGCCGAAAUCAUUUUAGCGCUUUUAGUAUUUGGAAUAUGGCUGCAACUGGUACUAAUAGGGCCUGGGAAACAGCCGCGAGUGCCACCGUUUAGAAUAGUGCAGGACCUUGGAGAAGAGAUCAGCAGUAUAGACGACGAAAAACCACUUUCAUCUAUUAUUCCGCCCGACGUUUAUCAAUGUGACCCUCAAGGGUAUCCUAUCUGGUGUAGCACAUGCCAAAGUCUAAAAAUGGAGCGGACACAUCACUCUUCGACUUUGGGUUAUUGCAUUUCUCGUUUUGAUCACUAUUGUGUAUGGAUUGGGACCGUAGUUGGGAGGAAAAACUACAGGCUCUUCAUACAAUUUAACUUGUAUUGUGACAUGUUGUUUUGCUUGAUUAUUAUUUCCAUUUGCUGCUAUUUACCUCGUAUUGUACACCAACACAAACGAUUGCCACAAGUCAAUCCGAAUAUUUUAAUUACAUUGGGUCUAGACUGUGUAGGUUUUUUGAUGGUUACACCGUUGCUUCUCUCUCACAUUUAUUAUAUGAUGACUAAUAGAACUUCAAUUGAAAUACUUGCAACAAAACGUCAUGCUAAAGCUACUCAGACGUGGUUUUGUUACUAUAAUGCAGUUGACGGGUACCGGUAUGUCGUGGAGUUUCUUCCCCGCGAAAUGCAAGAUUUCUGGAAUAAGCACAAGAUACUUAUCAACAUCAAGGAGUUUUUAGGUCAAAACGCAUUUAUGUGGUUAAUUCCUAUUGGUAGCAAUAUUGAAGACCAUGAUGCUAUCACAACGAAUUUCGAUGACAUUUUAGGGCCCUAUAGGGAAACCAUAAGUCAACGAUUUAGGGAAAUCAUCGAGCACAAAAUUGAGAAGGGUGAGUAUGUUAAGUCAAUGCGCGUCUACGGGGACAGAUGCAGGGAUACAUUAGAUCAUAGCGUGUAA